AUGCCAUUGUUCGAUACAUCUUUGUUUCGUUUUCGAUUGUCAUCUCUCCAUCUUUCUUCGAGAACCUUGGGGGUUUACUUUGCUGGUGUCAUGUUUGCCUCGGCUGUUUGGGUUUUCAUAGAUACAGCACUUUAUAGCGCUUUUAAUUAUGGCAGCACACUACAUAUAACCUUUGUCGACUGGAUCCCAUUCCUAUGUUCUGUUCUUGGCAUGAUCAUUGUAAACUCUAUUGACAAGUCUCGCCUUAGUGGUGAUUCCUUUGCAUAUACAGAUGAAAGCCUGGCUAGAAAAGCUCGGUUUAUUCUCUUUAUCGGAUUUGCUUUACUUGCCGGUGGAUUGGGUGGAAGUUUUACGGUAUUCAUUCUCAAAUACGUCGUCCCUGGCUAUUCUCUUACAAUGGGUAUUGCCAAUGUUAUUUGCAAUGUUCUCUUUAUGAUUAGCGCUACCACUCUUUGGAUCACUGGUAAUAUGAACGAUGAUUACCAUUAUAACUUGCAGCUUUAA